AUGAGUUUGGUUUUAAAAGUACGAAGUGUUUUGGAAAAACUGUACACGAAACAUCUUCUAGCCACAAAUAUCGUAACAUGUGGCUCACUUCUGGGGCUUGGAGAUUGUUUCGUCCAGCGAAUAAAUAUGAUGAUCAAUAAAGAAGAAAAAUAUGAUUUCCCGCGGACAGGUCGCAUGAUAUUGAUUGGUUUUAGCUUGGGACCGUUUAAUCAUUUCUGGUACAGUCUACUGGACAAAUUCAUCAAAGGUCGGACUGGGGCCAACGUUCUCACGAAGAUUGCCUGUGACCAGAUGGUGGCUGCUCCCUUCUUCUGUUCAUCCUUUCUUUGUGGGCUCAGCUUCCUGGAGGGUCAUGGUCUCGAAGGUGCCAAACUAGAGAUGAGGGAAAAGUUUUUCAGAAUUUACCUGGUUGACUGGGCAUUUUGGCCAGCGGCACAGUUUGUCAACUUCCGGUUUGUCCCCAGCAGCUUUCGUGUUCUGUAUGUGAGCUUUGCAGCAUUGCUAUGGAAUAUCUUCUUGUCAUACAUAAAGCAUGACCACGUGUCAGCUGAUGAAGUGGACGUUCACUAG